UACGUAAUAAAUAGUUGCUAUUUUCGUCCGGGCCUUGGGUAGCCUGUACCGGCGAAGAGAAAGGUGACUAUUGUCUAAAAUAUUGAUUGUAGCACACGGGAAAAUUGUUCCAUGACCCUGCAAUGGACGAGCUUGGCAUAUCGCCCGAGUCCUUUCAGGAACUGUUGGAAAAAAUCACUCCGUUGAUGCUGCAGUGCAUUCGGGACAUCGACGAUGGGCCGACUUGCUUCAUACGCUCACUGGAGGACAGCGCCGACUCCGUGGACUUGGCCAAGCAGCUAGCUGCAAAGGUCAAGGAGGAAAGUGUUCCGGAAACGGGGGAAGACGUCGCCGACAUACUCCACGUGCUCUGCGACGUGGCCGCGCGCGGAGGAAAGAACAACGCGAGCGCCGGCUUCUGCGCGUACGUUCCCACCGGUGGUCUUCUGCAAUCGGCCGUCAUCGACCUCGUCAGCGCCAUCCUGAACCGGGCCACGCCCCGCUUCCUGUCCAGCCCCGGUAUGACGCAGAUCGACUCGAACGUCAUCGCGUGGAUGGCUAGUGUCGUCGGUUACGACCCAGCCAAAUCGUUCGGCUCGUUCACAUCCGGUGGCAGCAUGGCUAACUUUGUCGGCAUUCUGGCGGCGCGGCGCAAGUACCUUCCCGAGGAGCAGAUCUCCCAGGGUGCUGUCAUGGCGACGAGUCAAACGCACAGCUGCAUCGGCAAGGGUCUGAUCAUGGCCGGUAUACCUCGGUCAUCACUCUGUCUCGUCGAGUGUGAUGAAAAGCUCAGGAUGUGUCCGGCGGCGCUAGAGAAGUGCAUCGUGGCGCAACGAACUUCCGGUCGCAAGCCGUUCCUGGUGGUGGCAAGCGCUGGCACGACGAACACGGGAGCUGUAGACGAUCUGCGUGCCGUGUCCGCAAUCUGUCGGCGCCACGACGUGUGGCUGCAUGUCGACGGUGUGUAUGGCGCUGCGUUCAACCUGACACAAUUCGGCCGUGAGCAACUGGAUGGGCUGGAAGAGGCCGACUCCAUUGCCAUUGACCUUCACAAGUCAUUCUUCCUGCCGCAGGCUACAGGAUUGCUGAUGGUCAAAGACAGAUUCUACCUGAAGAAUGCGUUCACUCAUGAUGUCCAGGCGCCAUUCCUGCCAGAGUUAGCGGCCGAGGAGGACAAUUUCCUGGAUCUGUCUCCCGAUUUGACGCGACCGCUCUAUGGGCUGCGCCUCUGGUUUCCGUUAAAGCUAUGCGGGAUCAGGAAGUGGCGUGCGGCUCUGUAUGAGAGGCUUGACUGGACGGCCGAGUUUGCCGACGGGUUGCGCAAGAUGUCCGGCAUCGGAGUUGAGCUGACGACAGAGCCCAGCCUGACAAUUCUUACGUUCCGCUAUGCACCACCAGCUGUCCAGUCACAAACAGCGGGCAGCAGUAGCGUUGUGCAACCAGCGCCGCAGGCGAGUACGGAGCGUCUCGCGUAUCUGCGCACGGAGAACGAAAAGCUCCUCGUGUUCAUCAACUGCCGUGGCACCAUCUACCUGUCAGGGACGACUCUUCCAGACGGCCGCUACGUGAUCCGCGUGUGCGUUCUCAACAUACGCCUCACGCACGGGCGGCUGAUGAAAGGUCUCGCCGAUAUCUCCGACGGAGUGAAGCACAUCGCAGCACAUGUCUAGCCAUUGUUCAGUUGACGCAGCGAGUUGACCUGUAUAAUUGAGCCAGGAGCAACUCUCUCUCUCUCAUGCAUCGAGAGACUAUCCCCAAAAUAUAUAAUAUAUAACCUAUGAAAAGGACCAAUAUACUAGUAUUUUGUACACAAAAAUAAAUUAUUUCAAAAAUUUCAAGUCACUUGGAUAUGUAACUCAUUUGUAAAGAACUUUUUAUUCGCUGAGAAAUUGGGAAUAUAAUUCUAGUAUUUUACUACUAGCAAUCUUCCUAA